GAAGACUGCAAAUCCUGCAGUGGCGGCAAGCGGUUGCACAUCCACUUUGAAAAUUCCCAUCUCGUUUGAGCUGAUGAUACGCCGCCCUACUACUUAAAUUUUUUUCUCUGCGGACCAUAUCGCCGGUAUUUGAACCGGUAAUUCAUUUACAAGGAUUCCGUGGAGGAUACGGCGGCAAUACAUUACGCUGACAAUCUGUGCUGAACGUUGCUUCAUUGUCAGUUGCCAGUUACGGGGCAGGUGGAGUGGUUCGGUCAGAGUAACUAGGUCGUUGCGCGUUGGUCUGUCCGAUCCGAUCGGAGGCCCCACAAGCCACAAAGUAACGCCUCAUCCACGCCCUUCACCGGCUCGCAUGGGUGGCGCCGGCUCCAAGCUGAUCAGUCCCAACCCGGUGAUCAACAUUACCAGUCCCUGCCACUGCGACAUCCAGAAGAAUAAAGGCGGCACCGGCCAGAACAACACCAAACAAGCCAGUCCCUCGGCGCCACCCCCCAAUUCCUGGGCAGCACCCAAGCCGUAUAACUAACGCAGCAGACAUGUCUUGCUGCAAGUACUCCGUGUCCAAGGAGGAGCAUGCCGGCAAAACCAAGUGGGGAGGCUCGUGGGCCGGCCGACUCUUAUUUGACCCAUCGGCCGGGAAAGCGUCCGCGACGUUCAUGUACCGCUGCCACUAUGACGACUUCUGGGAUAUGUUCAACGCCAUCCGGGAGAGCGAGGCGGUGCGCUACGACGAGAAGGUGCUGGCCAUCUCCACCUACAACUGCAAGAUCCAGGGUAUGGAGGGCCCGACCGCGGCGGUGGUGAAGCACAGCUUUGCCAUCGUGGAGACGGACGACUGGUACUGGUGCAUCGACAAGCACGACGAGGGCAUCAAUAUCCAGCGCAGCAAGAGACGGGCGGACCUCAAGCGCAGCAACUGGAGCGAGGAGCGGGAGUGGCUAUGGAUCAUCUGGGAGGAUAUUCAGCCGGGCACGCAACGGACGCUGGAGGAUCUGCUGGCGUUCAUUCGAUCCGAGCUGAAAGACACGUACAGCAUUCUGCGCAAUUGCGCCGAGUUUGUGGCCGACACGAUGCGCUUCUUAGGAAUCUGCCCGGAAAUCCGCGGCUAUUGCAGCAUACAGUAGUAUACUCCACAAUUGCUAUUAGCAUGCCGGUAGCAACAUAAUUGUUUUAUGUAACUGUACAGUACUAUUCUGUAGUGUGAUCGCGACUGUGUAGAAUAUAGCUAGUUAAUUAAUUUAAUAUACAGUAAAACCUCCUCGUACGUACACUCCCAAGAUACGUACACCUCUCACUUAAGUACGAAAAAUUCUGUACCGAAACUCUCCGUAGACUACAGUACAGGGGGGAACCUCUACGUGACGUACACCUCUACGAUACGUACACGUACACUUUUUCUCUGUACCGCCUAAGCAGUAAACUGUACGCAAUCACCUCGAACAUACGUACACUGGCGAGUAAGAAUUUGGUUUUUUUAAAAUAUUCGAUGGAAAAAUCGUAAAGAAACAAAGAAACUAGCUUAAAAUUGUACGUUGUCUUUUGUUCUGAACUGAUUCGGACGAUGUUUUCUGUUCGAAGUGUGUGGGAGAAACUUUUCCGCCUGCUUAUAUGCUGUAAAAAUAUUAAAAUUUGUGUGAACUAAUGCAACAUGUACCUUUCCGAACUGCACGCUGUGUACAGUGAAGUUGCAUGCAGUAUACUGAGCACUCCGCAGUGGGACAGUCCCCUCAUUAUACAGUCGCCCCCCCCCCAGGGGGCGUUGGGGGUGGCGAUUCUAUGUUACGUACACCUCUGAGUUACGUACGAAAUUUUUUGAACGGAGGUGUACGUAUCUUGGAGGUUUCACUGUACGGCUUUUUAUCGCUCGGUACGAUAUGU